GGACUCCGCAGGCCCUGAGGGUGCGAGCCGGGGCCCAGCCUCCUCGCGGAGCAUCCGCUGUCCCGACGCAGGGUCGCACCCGGAGGCGACAUGUCCUGGCCCAGCCUCCUCCGUGGCCUCCCCACGUCCCUCUGCCGUGGCCUGGCCCUAGGUCCCCAGCUCUGGGCCACACAAUCCAUGGCCACCCUCAACCAGAUGCACCGCUUAGGCCGCCCGAAGGAACCUCCUAAGCGUUUGGGUCCUACCGAAGGCCGGCCACAGCUGAAGGGUGUGGUGUUACGCACAUUCACCAGAAAGCCAAAGAAGCCCAACUCUGCCAACCGCAAGUGCUGCCGAGUGCGCCUCAGUACAGGCAAAGAGGCUGUUUGCUUCAUCCCCGGGGAGGGCCACACCCUCCAGGAGCACCACGUGGUCCUCGUGGAAGGCGGUCGCACCCAAGACCUGCCUGGAGUUAAACUCAAGGUUUUGAGGGGCAAGUAUGACUGUGGCCACGUGCAAAAGAAGAAGUGACCAUAAUCCAUAGUCCUCGGAAACCAGUUCUUCCUGCUCCAGGGCCAGCUAGUCUUGGGUUCAAACUCCAACUCAUCAAGACUGUAUUAAUCUGCAAGAGUUCUGGAGGUUAAUUGGAAGCAAGCACCCCUCUGCGUUCCCUUGGCUUCCAUGUUCCAUGGUCCUCAGGCGGGACAUCACAUUGCUGGGAUGGGCGUUGUAAUAAACACAUCUGCAGGUUGUGGUGUCA